AUGCGGCUGCACAAGCUCAUGAUGAACCCCACCAAGUGCGUUUUCAAAGUUCAGGCAGGAGAUUUUUUGGGCUUCAUUGUCCAUCAAAGGGGUAUUGAGGUCCCUGAGGAUAAGGCAAGCGCAGUCAUCAACGCCUCUUCCCCGCGCACAAAGAAAGAGUUACAACGAUUACUGGGUAAAAUCCAGCCUUUUUCCCCACUACUAAGACUACAAGGACAGAACGAGUUUGUGUGGGAACCUCAACACCAAGAGGCUUUUGAUAAAAUUAAGGCCUAUUUGGCGAGCCCGCCAAAAGCAGUGAAGGGACAAGCCAUCGUAGACUUUCUAGCACAUCACCCUAUGUUGGAUGUCCCCACAGUGAAGGAGUUAGAGAUAGUGACCACAACCAUAACUCGACCAGAUUUGGUGCGCAUUCCAGAAUAUGCUAUUUGGUAUCAGGCCACAAUCUCCCUUCAACCCUGGAUAUUAUUUUUUGAUGGCUCAAGAACAGAAACACUAGCAGGGGCAAGGAUUAUUCUGGAAAACCCAGCGGGCGAUCAUUUUUCUUAUUCUUUCCAAUUAGAGUUUAAGUGCACUAAUAAUCAAGCAAAGUACGAGGCCCUCAUUAUUGGCCUCGAGGUCUUACUGGAGCUAGGAGUGAGAGAUGUCCAAGUACGCGGUGAUUCUUUGCUUGUCAUAAAUCAACUUCAAGAGAAGUACAGGUGUGUGAGUUGCUUGCUUGUACCAUAUUUGAAUCGCGCCACUGAACUUCUGGAUCAAUUCAAUGACGUGGAGUUGGAAUAUAUCCCUCGCGAGCGCAACUUUGAGGCCAACGAACUUGCUCAACUGGCUACAGGCAUUACUUUGAAAUAUGGGGUUCGAGAGCGAAUCCUGAAAGUUGAACGACGCACGCUGCCUUCUUGGCUCGCGCCGCCUGACCCGCUGGAUGAUCCAAUCAUUGCUGUCCUUAAACCUAUUGAUAUAGACUGGAGCGUCCCUUUGAUUGCUUACCUAAAGCAACCAGACUCCGUUGCAGAUAGGAAGACUCGUUUUCUUGCCUUGAAUUACUUUCUCAGAGCCGAUGAGCUGCGUCGACGUGGCGAAGAUGGCAUAGACUUUCGGUGUGUGUUUGGCCGAGAUGCAAAACGUUUAAUGCGAGAAGCACAUGUCGGCAUAUGUGGCACCCAUCAAGCGGGUCCAAAGAUGCGUUGGCUCAUCAGGCGACAUGGUUAUUAUUGGCCCAACAUUUUGAAGACUAUAUCACGUUCGCGAAAGGCUAUCAGGAUUGCCAGUCUCAUGGACCAGUUCAGCAUAUUCCCAAUAUUCCCAUGCAACCUAUUAUUAAACCUUGGCCUGCGGGAGGAUGGGUAUUGGACUUGA